AUGGCUUCGCGCGGCUCUGGUGACGACGAUGACGACGACGACGACGGCAAGCGUCGAAAAUUGGAUCCGAUGGACGUGGGCACGGAUAAGGGUUUCACAUUCACCUCACCAAAUUGGCCGCAAGAACCACGACAACCAAUUUCUGUUCUUGGUCCGAAAUCUCCGGAUCAUCCUGCUUCUUCUUUUUACUACGCUGGAAUCACGGAACUGCCGAAAAUUGCCAGUUUGAAAUUAAUCAAGGUUCAAGAAUACAAACUCCUGGAUUCUUCCCCUACUCCGGCAGCUUUGAGAAAUCAUCAGUCUCCCGAGUCGGAAUUGGACGUAGUUUCUGUUCGGGUUAAAGACAACGACGUGGUUUACGAAUCCGUGAAAACAGUUUCUGUACACUUGCCUGUACAUGGGAAAACCUCAACUAGCAGACAUCAAUUGAUAGACGCCGACAAAGGCGGAAUGAAUCCGAUUCUGGUGACCAAAGAUGACCCGGCAUCCGGGUCCAUUCUUGGCCUCUCAUCGGGAGAUCAUCCGGAUCGGAAAAAGCCGGCUGUUGAUGUGGCCAACAACAAAAUCGACGAUGACGACUAUGAAUCUAAUUAUGUCGAGGACGGUUUCGGGACUUUGUCUACCGAUUCCAACAGCUCAAACUCCGUUGAUUAUCUUUCUGGUGUGAACACGGACUCGAAAACCGCAUUGGACUUGUUGGAAUUGUAUGCGAAGAAAAAGCGACUCAACAUGAAGAGAAAGCUGCGCCGUUGUAAGGAAAUUCCUUUUAGCGGAUCGUUCAAGGCAUUGCGUGGUAUCAGAAUGGACCUCGUGGCGACCAUGCAGCAAAACAUGCGGAAUUGGCGAGACUGUCAGGACAAGAAGUGUGAUUCGGCACGCCAAACCCGGCGGUCGACCGUGUCCGGCUCUCGAGGAACGUAUUUCGAUUCUGAGUUUACUGGUCAGGCGGUAGAACUGACCCCGCCCGAACGUUCCAUGUCAUCCAUCGCGGAAGCAUUGGAACAAUUUUCCCAGUUUUCCUACCACGAGAUCCCGUCGUCGAGCUCGGCACACUCAAGAAGUCUCCUUGGUUCAGCCAUGUGAUCGUAGCGUAUUUUCCUCUUAUUUUUUAAUUCGCCACACUGGAGCGUUUCAAUUCGUGAAGGACUAUAACGACCUGUACAGGUUCACCAAAAUUGUUCAUGUUGUAUGUAACCCCGCAUAAAUCCGAAUGCUGAUCUAAAAGCUGAGUUUCAUGUCAAUAUGUUCGUUACCUGAGUCGCUGAGAAUGAUGUCAAAGUCUAAACUCAGUCCUGUCAGCUUUAGAUUGUGCUGACUUUCCUAGUGACAUCAUGUGUACGUCAGCUCUUGUAUGCUCGUGUGUACAGCUACUUGUGAGGGGAACUUGAGUUGCGGAUAUUCAGCGAAUUUUAUAGUCGUUGGUGCUUAACAUCUGCGUAAGCAUAAAUUACAUUUGUAAUCGUGGUAUGACGACGCGUUGUUCACGAAGUCCAAACUUUUGUUGACCCGCGUCUUUCCGCAAGAUGAGGAAAACCCCCGAUAUAUUCAGCAUAAUGAAACAAUUACGGUUCUAUUGGAGCUAUAAAACAUUGAAAUUUCUGAACUGAGUUGGCGCUCGGUGUGUAUUUUGAGUAAUUGUGUGGUGUUUUUGGUGUGGCGUAUGAGUGAGAGGUGUUUGGCGGUGCUUCUUGCUGCUGUGCAGGGUGUCUUAUUGUGAAAUGUUUCUCAGCUUACUGACAGUGUUGCCUUGGGCCAGAAAAGAGUAGACCAGUUUUUUCUUUCCUUUUUUAACGUGAUAUCUCAUCGAUGGUUGAAACUACCAACUCGAAAGGAAAAUGUCAACGUCAAGUUCCUUCUACUGAAUUUCCGUCGAAGUCUAAAUCCAAGGAUCAUAGUGUAUUUCUGUGGCCGCUGGAAUCAGCCUGCCCGAAAAGAAUUUUCUGAAUCGGUAUUUUCUUGAAACCAAUACACGCUCGUAAUCUCCAUUUCAAAAAAUCGACGGAGAAUUGAGAAGGAAAGAUUGAGGCGAUUAAUUUAAUGCUGGAACUAGUUGUGGAGAAGGCAGUGUCGUUGUAGGACAGGAGCUAUGCUGGCCACUUCUUCCAAUGUUGAACGUAAAUUUAAAAUAGGGCACAGGCUUCUAAAACGAAUAUAGUUGCUGUAUCGUACGGAGGAAUGGGACGAACAAUGGUUUUUUUCGUACUUGUCAAUAGCAAUGCAGGCACAGCUGUAAAACUGAGACGUUAUCAUAGAGGUAAAUGAAUCGAGUGAACUUGAAGUCGACUUUUGGUGGCUCGAACUUUCUGGUCCACUCCGUAUGAACUAUACCUCCCUGAAGUGGCUCAAGGUGGGUUCUCUCGUGUUCUGCACUGGUAAAUCAGAAGUGUUCUGGCUGUGGACUCAUGUUGUAGUGGCUGUAAUUUUUGAGAUUUUCCUUCUGAUGAGCAUUAGAGGGUCUUCUUUUAUUCAACGGAUGUUUCCCAAAUUUCAUCCUUGUUUGACGAGGGCCUGUUCAUGAAUUGUGCUGUCCCAGGGCAACCAUGUUUGGUUUAGCGAGAAUGGACCGCGGAAAGAAUUAUUGCCAUUCAGCGUAAAGCUAGUUCUUAUUCUGGUUUGGAUGCGUAGUUCGUUUUUUGUUUUGUUUUUCCUCUUUGUGCUGGAAGGUGGGAAAAGAUUCACUUACUUGAACGCGUGGAUGAUGCGACUUCGCAGCUGAGUAGUUGACGGUGAGUCGAUGGAAAUAAAAGCAAAAACUGUCCA